AUGGCAACUUCCGUUGCCCUAGACGCCGAGGCGUAUCAAAAAAAUAACUAUGUCGGAGGCGAAGCCAGUGGGAGCACAAUCGGGGCGGAACAGAUACAGGAUGGCUCUGUUGAAAAAGCAUCCAGCGCCUUGUUCGAACAUACGGCCAAGACUUCCCCAAACAGUUCCCAAAGUGACUUAUCUGAGGAGUCUGUAGAUCUAAAUCCUGACCCCAAGUCAAUUGAGUUAGUUGUCGGCUGCCAGGACGAUCCUCUCAUACCUAGCCCAGAUCAGAUCGAUCACACUUUCCUGAAGGGUCAAAACACCUGGCGCGCUUAUAUUACCCCCUGGGAUGGGAGCCACUGGGUAAAUGUGAAGGACGGAUUUUCUAGAUAUGAAGAAGGCAUGAGAGUGCGAGCUAAGAAAGUGUUGGAUGCCAGUUUUGCAGGUGGGAAGUUCUUAUGGCUUGGGAAAGACUACCAGGGGUUUUCAGAGGUUGAAAAUAGCUAA